CGCCGGCGCGCCACGAGCAGGUCACAGGCGCUGGCCUCCCGCAGCCUGAGCAAGGCACCAAGCGCUGUGUAGCGCCCAGCCCGCCGCAGGCAACCAGCCCCACUUGCCUGGGGCGCUGCUGGGUCCCACACAGCGCUGCUAGCGGCACGGGCUGGCCAUGCACCCUCCCUCGGGCGGCUCCGACCCAGCCAGCAUCGCCCCCCCCCCAGCGUCUGACAAGCCCUCGCCCCCCGAGCAAGGGGGCGGGGCUGGGUGAAGAGGAGCAAGCCCCAGAGAGCUGCGCGAGCAGGACGUCGUGAAGGGCAGAGGCGCGAGGAGCACUAUGUCCCAGAUGAAAACAGAAGAUGAACUGAUUCUUUUUGAAAAAGAGAUCAAGGAAUUUUGGACAAAAUUCAAAAGCAUUUGUGGUAGUGAACAAAUCAACCAGGUUUUGGGACUAAGAGAAUCCUGCAAGGAGUCCAUAAAAGCACUUUCAGAGAAGUGGUCCAAGAAGUUAAAAGAAGGGGAUCUAAUGGUUGACAAAAUUCAGGAGUACAGAAAUGAGAUCAUCCGACAGAACCAACUCACUGAAGAAAAGCAAGAUUGCUUAACUGAAAUGAAUUCUAAAAUAAAGGAUGAAGAAGAACAAAAAAGAGCCUUAAUUGAUAGCAUCCGAGAGCUCAAGGAAGAAUUGACCAAAAAAAGGGAAAUUAUGUCUGCUAAAAACAAGGCCACCAAAGAGAAGCUGGAAAGAUUGAGUAAGUCUAAAGAACUGUUUGAAGAGCGACUUGGGCUAGAAAUACGCAGAAUUCAUGAUGAACAGUUACAGUUUAUAUUUCGAUGUAUUGACCACCAAGAUCCUGACAAGCCAUACAUGUUUACUCUCUGUAUAAAUGAACAGGGAGACUAUGAAGUGACAAGCAGCUCUCCUCAUCUGGAUUGUAUAACAGAACUCCAGGUAAAAGUGAGAGAAACCAACAACUUUGCUGCAUUUGUUGCCAACAUCAGAAAAGCUUUUACAGCUUUGUCCUAUAAGUAACCUGCAAUUAUAUGUAAGACUGUCUUGUCCCAAUUUACAUUCCCUGCCCUUCCUGUUUGUACUAGCAUAAUAUUGGAAUGAAAUAAAUAUUGAUGUAUGUUUUAAUAUUCUAUUUUCUAAAUAAAGAAAAAUGGUCAAA